AUGGAGCUGGACACAGGUUCAGCUUUGUCCAUAAUCUCUGAAGCUGACUACAAAAGACUGUUUUCCAAGCUACAGCUAGAAAAGACCCCAGUGAUGUUAAAAACAUACACUGGUGAGAGAGUGUCUCCUAAAGGAAAACUCAAAGUGGAUGUGACUUAUGGUGACAAAACACACAAGUUGGAGCUCUAUGUGUUGAAAAAUGGAGGACCAGCUCUUUUUGGGCGAGAGUGGUUAAGAAAAAUCCAGAUUGAUUGGCAUGCAAUUAAAGCCCUCAACAUAUCUCCAAGCUUCAAGAGCCACAACUGUAGCUCUAAACAAAGACUGUCUCAGCUCUUAGAAGAGCAUGCAAAAGUGUUUGAGAAAGGCAUUGGCAAGCUGAAACACAUUACAGCAAAGAUUGAAUUGGAUGACAAUGCGACACCGAGAUUUCACAAGGCACGUCCAGUGCCAUAUGCACUGCAUCCGAAAAUUGAUGCAGAACUUUUGAACCUGGAGGAAUCUAACAUUCUCUCCAAGGUUGACUGGAGCGACUGGGCUACACCCAUUGUUCCAGUGAUUAAAAAAGGGAAAAGUGGAGGUGUUCGCAUAUGUGGUGAUUUCAAGGUGACCAUUAAUCCGGUGCUGCGUACUGUACAGUAUCCUCUACCACGAAUCGAAGACAUCUUCUCAUCACUAGCUGGAGGGGAGAAGUUUUCGAAAAUUGACCUGUCUCAGGCCUACCUUCAGAUGGAAGUGGAGGAAUCGAGUAGGAAGUUGCUAACCAUCAACACGCACAAGGGACUGUACCAGUAUAAUAGGCUUGUAUUUGGCGUCGCAUCAGCUCCAGCCAUCUGGCAAAGAGCGAUGGAGCAAGUACUUCAAGAUAUACCAAGAACACAGUGUUAUCUCGAUGACAUCUUGAUCACAGGAAAGAAUGAUGAAGAACAUCUCCAAAACCUCAGCAUAGUGCUCAAAAGACUAAGUGACUAUGGCCUAAGGGCGAAGAGAGAAAAAUGCGAGUUUUUCAAUAGUGAGAUAUCAUAUUGUGGUCACGUCAUUGACAGAUUUGGCUUACAUAAAUCACAAGACAAAGUGGAAGCGGUGCUAAAAGCCCCCAGACCAGAAAAUGUGUCACAGCUAAGAUCAUAUUUGGGCCUGGUCAACUAUUACCACAAGUUUCUACCAAACCUUGCUUCAGUAGUGCAUCCACUGAACACACUGCUACAGCUGGGAGCCAAAUGGGAGUGGUCAGAAAAAUGUGAAAAAGCUUUCAAGGAAACAAAAAGACUAAUAACUUCUGAUAAGCUACUUACCCAUUAUGAUCCAUCACGGCCCAUACGCCUGGCCUGCGAUGCAUCCCCUUAUGGCAUUGGUGCCGUACUGUCACACACCAUGGUUGAUGGGUCUGAGCGUCCAAUUGCAUACGCGUCAAGGUCUCUGACAAGUGCUGAGCGCAAUUAUGCACAGAUCGACAGGGAGGCCCUUAGCCUAGUGUGGGGCAUAAAGAAGUUUCACCACUACCUUUUCGGCCAAAGGUUCACGCUAGUGACAGACCACCAGCCUCUGGUAUCCAUCUUCAACCCUAGGAAAGGAGUCCCAGUGAUGUCAGCCACCCGACUGCAACGAUGGGCGCUGUUCCUGGGAGCUCACUCAUAUGAUAUCGAGUUCAAGGGUACGAAGCAACACUGUAAUGCUGAUGGCUUGUCACGCCUCCCACUGUUGACAACUGAGGAGGAAAAGCCUACAGCUGGAGAUCCAGCAGAAGUGUUCCAUACAACGUUGGUGGAACAGCUACCAGUGACAAACUCUGAGAUUCAGAGAGAAACACAUAAAGAUCCUACACUAUCAAAAGUGUAUGACAUCACAGUACAAGGUUGGCCAGCACAUGGAAAUGCCAUGUUUCCUGACUUUUCAAUGAGACGUGACCAGCUCUCUGUUUGCCAGCGAACUCUGAUGUGUGGAUCACGUGUAAUAGUACCUUCCAAGCUUCGCGGUAGAGUGUUGGAAAAUCUACACGAAGGUCACCUUGGCACUGUUAAAAUGAAAAGCCUUGCUCGCAGUUACGUAUGGUGGCCAGGAAUUGAUAGACAGAUUGAGGAUAUCACCAAGACCUGUGCAGGAUGCCACAAUGUUCAGAAUGCGCCCCCACCGGCACCCUUACACCCGUGGGAGUGGCCGUCGGCACCCUGGCAGAGAGUGCAUAUUGAUUUUGCUGGGCCAUUCAUGAACUCCAUGUUCUUAAUAGCUGUGGACGCCCACUCAAAAUGGCCAGAGGUAAUACAAAUGAAAUCCACAACCUCAGAAAGGACUAUUUCUGUACUAAGGAACAUCUUUUCCAGGAAUGGCAUACCUGAGCACAUUGUGAGCGAUAAUGGUCCACAGUUUACUUCAGACGAGUUUACACUUUUCAUGAAGAUGAAUGGCAUCAAGCAUUUCAAGUCAGCUCCACACCACCCUGCAACAAAUGGGUUGGCAGAACGGUUUGUUCAAACCUUUAAGAAGUCAAUCAAAGCCAUGGCAAAGGAAACCGUCACCCUUCAGCAUAAAGUGGACAAUUUUCUUUUUGUGUAUCGGAACUCUGUCCAUUCAACAACAAAUCAAACUCCGGCAAUGCUGUUUAUGAACAGGCCUUUGAGAUCUCGCAUUGACCUCCUUAAACCUAACUUGCGGAGGGAAGUGCAGAACAAACAAUUCAACACAUUGUCAAGUGAGGCAGCAAGGAGCUUUGAUGUUGGACAGCAAGUUCUGGCACGUGACUAUCGAGAAAACAAGUGGACACCGGGACGGAUUGUGACAAGAAAUGGACCACUGAUGUACGAGGUGGAUGUUGGAGAGCAGACAUGGAGACGUCAUGUCGAUCAGUUGCUGAACGUGCAGCCAAACAGUACCUCUGAGCUGCCUGCAUCCAACCAACAAGACCCAACACCAGACUCGCCAUCAAACACACAGCUCAUUCCUGUUCAUGACACGCCAAAGACUAUGACGCCGGCAAAGGAAAGUGUGUCCCCAGAGAAGACACCACAGGGUCCAAGGCGUUACCCGGAAAGAACCAGGGCACCACCUAAAAGACUGGAGUUGUAA